AUGGUGAAGGAAACGAGAUAUUACGGUCUUCUAGAAGUCACUCCAAAUGCCUCGGAGUCCGAUCUCAAAAAAGCCUAUCGCAAGAAGGCUCUCCGACUACAUCCAGACAAGGGUGGCGAUCCUGAGCUCUUCAAAGAGGUCACACACGCCUAUGAAGUGCUGUCUGACCCACAAAAACGGAGCAUAUACGAUGCACGAGGCGAGGCAGGACUGAGCGAGUCGGGUGGCAUGGGUGGCAUGGACCCGCAAGACCUGUUCAGCCAGCUGUUCGGUGGCGGCGGGCCUUUCGGGUUUGGUGGCGGAAGGCCACAAGGGCCGCGCAAGACGAAAGACCUCGUUCACCGCGUUACUGUCUCACUAGAGGACCUCUACCGGGGCAAGGUCACGAAGCUUGCGCUCACUCGCAACAUCAUCUGUGGCAAGUGCGGCGGCAAGGGUGGCAAGGAGGGUGCCGUGCGCACCUGCAGCAACUGUAACGGGCGGGGCAUCCGCAUCAUGCUGCGCCAGAUGGGCCCGAUGGUCCAGCAAAUUCAACAGGCGUGCGACGAGUGCCAGGGAGCGGGUGAGGUCAUCAAUGCCAAGGACCGUUGCCCGGACUGCAGAGGCAAGAAGGUCAUCUCGGAAAAGAAUAUGCUCGAGGUUCAUAUCGACAAGGGUAUGAAGGGCGGACAGACUAUCACCUUCCGCGGCGAGAGUGACCAAGCCCCCGGCGCUGUCCCUGGCGAUGUCGUCAUCGUCAUCGAGGAGAAACCACACGAACGCUUCAAGCGUAGGGAUACGACCCUGUUCACCAAGACCGAAGUUGAUAUCCUGACCGCCCUGGCUGGCGGCCAGUUCGUAAUCAAGCACCUAGACGACCGUGCUCUCGUCGUGAAAAUUCAUCCUGGCGAGGUUCUCCGGCACAAUGCCCUGAAGGUCAUCCCGAGCGAGGGCAUGCCAUCGCAGCGCCACCACGAGCCCGGCGACUUGUUCAUCCGCAUACAGGUCGAGUUUCCUGACAGCAUGCCGCUCGAUUCCAUUCCGCUGCUCGAGAAGGCUCUGCCGGCCCGCAAGCCUCUCGAGCAGUUCCCCAAGAGCAUCAUGCUCGAAGAAGUCGAAGUUGUAGAAGCAGAUGCUCGCCAGCACGAGCUGGCCGAUGCGGGCGAGGCCAUGGACGAGGAUCAUGAGGGCGAGAGCGAACCCCGCACGCAAUGCGCUAACCAAUAAACAUAUCUGGGAUUUCGGCUGUACGACGCUGAUUCUGGUUCUUCUUGUAUCCCUAUGCUGUCUUGUUAUGUUGUUUUCUCGGUUUCGGUUUCGUUCUCGCGGAUUUAGUGUAAUGCGUCUAUCAUCAUACGGUGCCUAUGUCGUCACACCAUCGUUUGUGCUGCAAUGGCGGGGGGAUUGGAACUUGUGCGGUGUGCUACUAAUUAUAAUGUACAAUUCAAGGUACAAUCGGCUACCUUCCUCCCGGAGCGUCCGUGAUGCUACCAUCUUGUCUGACGAUCCAUUAGCUCAAGGGCUGGAGUGCUACGCGACGAAGGCUAACCUCAGGGUUCUUCUUGAACUGCUCGUACAUCUCGUGAUUGAAGAAACUAAUCUCUGUCUCGUUCUCUGCAUGUCCAGGUCAGGUUCAGGGUCCGACGUUGAGAACUCACCACGCACCUAUGCCAUACUCUGCAAGCGUUUUCAUUCCAUCAUCCAAUAUCCAGUCAUCAUGAUCCAGGUUGAUGAUGAGAUUUGUUGUCUGCAAAGCAGAGACCAU